AUGGCAUCUAUCUAUCUAUCUAUCUAUCUAUCUAUCUUUUUAUAUCUAUAUAUCAAUUUAUCUAUCUCAAUCUCUUCAUAUCUAUCUAUAUUAAUCCUUUCAUAUCUAUAUAUCUAUCUAUAUCAAUGUCUUCAUAUCUAUCUAUCUAUCUAUCUAUCUAUCUAUCUAUCUAUCUAUCUAUCUAUCUAUCUCAUUCUGUCCAUGUCUAUCUAUCUAUUUAUCUAUCUGUCUGUCCAUAUAUAUCUCAAUCUCUUCAUAUCUAUUCAUAUUAAUCCAUUUCUAUCUAUCUAUCUAUCUAUCUAUCUAUCUAUCUAUCUAUCUAUCUAUCUAUGUUCCUUCUUUCCUUAUUUAAAAUUUUGUUUUCUCUUUCCUUCUUUCUCUUUCCUAUUUUUUACUUUCUUUUUUCUUUCCUUUUCUUUAUUUCUUUUUCUAUAUAUUCCCUCUUUCUUUCCCUCAUUUUCUUUCAUGUUUUCCCUUUUCAAAGAAAACAAAAAUCACUUUGUUCUUUCUUUUUCUUUCCUAGUGAGUUUUUCUUUUUCAUUUUCGCUUUCAAUGCUUUUUUUUCUUUCUUUCUUUGAAGACAUACAUCCUUUCAAUUCAUUUUAA